UAUACAGCACAGGUCAGUGGCCUGUGAGCUGCACUACGAUUCAGAAGAUGGAGAGACUUCUCAAUCUGAUGAAUAGCAUUAUUUACUCAUGGGUGAGCCCCUGCACCAUAGAUUUAGCAAUGGACAUGAGCAUUGCCAUUCUGUGUGGAGCUGGGCUCUAUUUCCUACUGACCCCCUUCCUGAAGAACCUCCCUGUGUCAACAUGUGAAAGUGAAAUGGACAUCACAGAGGAUGUGAAGAGGAGGCAGAGAAAGACCAAGAAGAAAACUGCUACUCUAAAAGGUUGCAGAGAAGAUGAAAAGAAUGUGGAAGAGACCAAGACUCCAUCACAACCUAUGAACAUCGAGCAACUUCUCCAGGACUCCACACCACAUCCCUGGUGGAACCCUCUUCAGAAAAUGGAUCACCUUCCUCUCUUUCGGGUGUUGUCUUAUCUCAAGUUCUUGGAGUAUCUUAUACACAAGGAAUUUAGUCACAUUUUCUGGGGCAUAUCCACUCUGUUCUCUGAGUCAGUCGUGGCUACUGCCCACGCCGUCAGAAGCCCUUCCUUAGCAGAACAAAAAACCGUGAGGUUUCGUGAUGCCUAUCGCAGUGGCCAAGCUCCUUCCCAGGCUCAAGGACCUCCAGAGUGUUCCCAAGAACAGCCAUUGCCUGCACAACUUGUGACACCAAGCUUGUUAGCUAUGACAAAGGCCCAACUAAUGCAAAUCUUUCCAAGCUCUACACCAAUCAAAACACCUCCUUGUUUCAAGAGGCAGGCCUUUGGAAAAGCACGUCCUACCAGUGAUAAAGGUAUACAGGUAUCCCUAUCAACGGAAAACAAUGCCUGGCAACAUGGACAGUAUUGGAACCCCACCGAAGGUGAUGAUAUCCAAAAACAUCAGGCAGCCUUGAUGAAACCCACUCAAAACUUAACCCUACACAGUGAGGCUGUCAGGUCAGGCUCCAUCCCUUGGGAGCAUGGGCAGAUGGCCCACAAGAAUGAGGGGCCACAGAAUGAAGGAAAGGAAAGUAAUAUUGAACAAGAACAAGGAACCCCCAUCACAUUCCUCCCAUCCUGGAGGCUGGCCCAGCUUCAGGGAAAUUUUCCAACAUACAGUUAUUAUUGCAAGAGCAGGCCUCUACUCUGCCAAUCUGUCCAGUCCUCCAUCCUUGACCACAAAAGGUACACGUGGAUCAAAAUGACGGGGACUAAGCCCAUGGAGGUCCCCUUAAGGGAGAUCAUAGAAAAGAGUGAAAAACAUACCACCAUCAAGAAGGGCAUUGGUCUGGGGAGCAAGUACCUGCCUUGCGCUUCAGGCAGCACCCAUAGAAAGUGGCUAAAUCCUAGGAUUCCCACACUAAGGUCAGACGAGCUGUCUGACAUGAACUCUACUGAUGAUGAUUCUCUGCAUGACUCAAACACUGAAAGGAAGCUGGCAUUAGAUAUCACAGAACUUCCAGUCAAACGUAGAAGGAAACCAUAUCUGCAGAUCCUUGAGGCAAGGGAUCUCACCCCACCUGGGAGUCUAGCCUCAAACAUUCCCCAGGUUGUGUUUCCCUCCUCCCCCAUCUUUGAUUCCAAGGAGGAGUACUACUCCAAGGCUGCCAUGAUCCUGGAAAAUUUGCAUCACCAGGACCCAGGAGGGACAAGGGUAGAAAGUGCGUCAGCUGCCAGGCUAGAGAGUGCUCUGUGUAUGCACUCAGCUGCAGAGGUGCAGGAGAACCAAAGAGCCCCUCAACCUGAUGCCAGCCAUGGGCCCUCAAAAGCUCAUCCAGAUCCACUGAAGAGACACCUGAGUAGUCAGCAACCUGAUUUCUGCCUCCAGGCUCAACCCCAGCAGAACCGGACCAUCCAAGGAAGUGAAACAGGCAGUCUCCAACAAAAUACAAGCACAAAAAUUGACAAGUAUCUACCAUGGAAGGGGUUUCAGUAUGUGGACUCAUCUCAACCCUGCUGUCGUGUGAUAGUGCUUGGUCAGGAUGAAACCGGCCCACCCUCAGCAGCCAAACCAAGCAACAGAGUGGAGGUGAAAGAAGAGCCAUCUGCAUGGACAGUGAGUCUGGGAUCCAGUGAGAGUCACGAUGGCCAAGCUAUCGGUAUCAGUGCCAGGGACAUUGCAUCUUUACAGCCCAACAAACAUCCUGGUCAUCUGCAAACACCUACCCUACAGCCCUCAGAGGACUCAGUACAAAAACCACAAUCACACAGUAAGAUAGACCUGAAAUCAAAGGAGCAGGCACAGCCCUGGCCUGUGAGACACGAUCCAGAUGUCCCCAGUACAGUACACCCUGCCAAGGUCAGCUUGCCUUCAAAACACUGGAUGCAUAGCUUCCAGAAUACAUGCCAAAACCCUGUAAAUACCCUGGGUUUAGAUGAUGUUUCCAUGAGGAGACAUGACAGGGUAGAAACUGGAGAGAUAUAUGUCCCAGAGGAAAAACUCGAAGUGAAAGAUUUCAAGGGGUCCCAUCCCCAUGAAGAGAAGCAGAUUACUAUAAGACCUAGGGCCAUAAGCCAGGGAGAAAGGCUCGGGAGAGUAAGUCCUUCCAUCCCAAGCUCCACCCAGAUCAAGGACACAACCAAGACUUGGAUACCAGGGAAAGGGGAGGUUACUUCGAAGAGUUCUUGGAAUAAAAUCUCAAAGACUGCUUCAAAAUAUGGAAAGGUCAGCAAAAAAUACUUAGGGCAAGGGGAUUCCUUAGAGAAUGUUCUCCAAACAUCAGGUACUGAGCAAAUACAGGAAGCUGUAACAAAAAACAAGGUCCUCUACAAUACAGUAACUCAAAUACAAUCACUUGUGAAUGCUCUGGCCCAGAUCCUAGAAAACACUGAAGAGUACCGAUCAAAGGUACUAGGGUGUAAAGUGGAAUCCCUGACAUCCCAGCUGGAUGACCCAUCCCACACUCCUGUGGGUAUGCAUGAUACAAUCCACAGCAGAGCAGUAAACAGACUGAGCUGUGGCCAUGUCAGCCCUGAGGUCAAUAAUUAUCCCUUCACAUAUAUGGGGAUUGAAGACCAACUACAGUCAGGGAUUGACGCCCAGAGAGCCUGUGAUCAAGAUCUGAACCAAGGAGGGACAGCGAUCGGUUUUGACCAGCUCCCCAUGCCCGAGGGGAAUGACCUUCCUUCCGAGUACAGGGGAAUUGGAGACAAGCAGGAGUCAGAUCUUGCUGACCAGAGAGCCUAUGACCCAGAUAAAAUCACAGCAAAUGUUGGAAUGGGCUGCUGGCCACAUAGCAGCCUCGAGGGGCACAACCAUUCCUUCGGACACAGAGAAAUUGAAGGCAAACAGCUGCCAGGCAUUACCCAUAAAGCCUUUGACCCUCAUCAAAGUACAAAGAAAGGAACCGGUCAUGACUGCUUUCUGCGUCCCAAGAAGAACCAUCCAGUCAAGCACAGGGCAAAUGACUGCCUAAGGACUUCAGUUGCUGCCCAGCAAGCCUCUGACACCACGUAGACCUCACCAUGACAGGGCAAAGAGCAGGUGGCAUGGGCCAUCCUUGCCUUCACAGCAGGAUUUCUAGAUGUUGUCCCAUCUGCCCAGCUAUUGUAUCCCCCAUGCCUCCUGGUCAUAAACUUGGUUUUAUCCCUGCAAA